AUGAACCAACCCCAGCCUUAUAUGGACGUGAGCCAGAGCCACAUGUCUAGCAGCAUCCCUUCUUCGGCUCCCCCGCCAGGCCUCGGCCAUUAUGCCAACUACCACCAACCGCAGCCCAUGUCGAGCCAGCCUCACCCGUACGGCUCGUCGCCUUCAUCCUACUCCCAAUACUACACCAAUGGCCUCGCUCCUCUCCACGCCCAUGCCUCGGCAGGUGGCCUGGGCUCUCAGAUGGUCCCACAAUCGCAACUGCCCCUUCCUAGUAACANNCUCGCAAACAGCGUAUCACCCCAGUCGGCACAGGGCCAAUAUUCUGGUGCAUCAUUCGACACAACAGGACAAGUCGCACCCCCUGGCAUGAAGCCUAGGGUGACUGCCACGCUCUGGGAGGACGAGGGAAGCCUUUGCUUCCAGGUGGAGGCAAAUGGCAUCUGCGUGGCCAGACGCGAAGACAACCACAUGAUCAACGGCACAAAACUGCUCAACGUGGCUGGCAUGACGCGUGGUCGUCGCGAUGGUAUCCUCAAGAGCGAGAAGAACAGGCACGUGGUCAAGAUUGGUCCUAUGCAUUUGAAGGGAGUUUGGAUCCCCUUCGACCGUGCUCUGGAAUUCGCCAACAAGGAGAAAAUUACCGAGAAGCUCUACNCCCUUUUCGUGCACAACAUCGGCGCUCUGCUCUACCAUCCUUCGAACAGCGCCAGCCGUACAAUCGGUGGUGCUACCUCGCUGGUUCCUGGCGAACGUAGACGUCCUGAUGAGUACAUGAGGGGGCCAGUGAGUCAGCCUCCUGCCAUGCCUCAUGCCCAUUCUAUGGCCAUGCCUCAACCGCCACACUCGCUCGCUCCUCACCCGAACGCUGGAAGACCCAACUUGGACAGAGCUCAUACUUUCCCCACUCCUCCUACCAGUGCAUCUAGCAUGAUGGGUAUUGGCAGCUCGGAAGGUUCUUACCAGUGGAGUGCUCAACCUCCUUCGACUAUGCAGCAGCAACAACCCGCUCAGCAAGCUCUGGCUAUCGACACCAACAUGAGCAACAGAUCCGUGCCAACAACCCCCGCUACCACUCCUCCUGGAAGUGCUAUGCACAGCAUGCCCCCUUACCAGACCAGUCAAGCAUACGACAAUGGUCGCCAGCUUUACUCGGCUCCCUCACAGCCUUCCCAGUAUGGUCCUCGUUAUGGCCAGCUCCAGCCUAGCCCUUACAUUAAGAAUGAAAUGGCUCCUCCGGCUCGUGCUGGCGCAGAGGCCGACCAUACCGUCGACCAGAAGCCUCAGGAUGGUUACACCAAUCACUCUGGUGCCCACGACGAUGCCGAAGGUGAACAUGAGGGCGAAUACACACACGCUUCCGGGCCCUACGGUGGAAACCGUGCUUCGUACGCUUACGCCACACCUGCCACAACUGCUUCCUUGCACAGCGAUCAGACACACAUGUCCUCGGACAUGACUGGCUCGCCUCAUCACAAGGCUUCUGGUGGUGCAACUCCCCGUACGACUAACAGUUACCACGCUGGAUACACCACGCCUCAACGCCCUCAACAGCUCCAGUCCAACCUGUUCAGUGUCAUGAGCGACAGCCGCGCUCCUAAUGGCUCUGAGAUGUAUGGACAAGCCAACCAUGCCUAUAGCUCCCAAGGAUACCAAGGUGUGAACGGUAUGCAGAAGCGUAUGCGUGAUGACGAUGUCGACGAUCGCUACAACGAAGACUCGGACGGUCUCAAGCGAAGAAAGACAGUACGCGAAGGCAGCGCAGGCAUCGGACGCCCUCGCUCCGUCCUCGCCGGGCACCGAUAA